AUGUACCCGCAGCCUCAGUUGGUGGAUUUCAUUUUAAAAUCAACCCUGCAGCAAAUCAGUGUUCAUAACAUCUAUGAAACUAUUUCGCGGGUGCCACCCGUCGCCAUUACUAAUACCAUCAUUUUAUAUCCACCCUAUCUCUCUAUUCUCCUUCGCCUUACGAUAUCGACUUUCAACCGAAUCUUUUCGACUGUAAACUUUGUUUUCUCUGUCAUUCGUAACUCUUUUCUUAUCUUUCCCAUUUCUCUCCAAAUCUCUUUAUCAUAUUUUUUCUUUCUUAUCUCAGAUUCUCUUUAUCUUUGUUCUGUCUUUUAUUUUCUUCAUUCUACUUGUCCUUGCUUUCCUUCUUCUCUUUCAAUAUCUCCUCCUAGUCCUUUUAUUCUUCGUUAUUUAUUCACUUUAAAAAAAAAAGACAUUUCCUUCUUCUCAAUCUCUCCCUCUGUUUUAUUUUUGCUUUUCUUCUUCCUCCCUUUAUCUUUCUAUACGUUUUGCUCAAAGUUUGUCUCUUUUUAUGGCUAUUUUAUCACAUUUCUCGAUUAUAUUUCCUAUUCUUUCCCUUUCAUGAAAUCCAUAUUUCAUCUUCUUUCUUCUUCUCUUUUUAUAUUCAAUUUUUCCUUUAAGUAG